AUGGUAACGGGAUUGUAUCCAGAAUCUCACGGAAUCGUGGAUAAUAACGUUUACGAUCCACAAAUCUCAGACAAGUUGGAAAGCAUGAAGAAGUCAGAUCUAGAAGGAUAUUAUAAGGGCGAUCCGAUUUGGAACAUCUACAAGCGCCAUGGUGGUAGAGCUGCGUGUCUUUUCUGGCCAGGCUGCGCUUUCAACAUCUCAGGGCUACGACCAGACAUCUCACCACCGUACAAUAAGGAUCUACCGUUCCGGAAUCGGUUUGACAUGGUUAGUAAAACAUGA